CCUUGGAGGAGGAGAUAGCCAGAGCAUCCAUUUAAUAUAUCAGUGUUAUAGAGCUCCCAUCCACAGUCACACCGACGAUGGAGUCCAAUAUACAGGCCUUUAUAAUCCUAUAAAGAUCGGGUCCGCGGGAUGCGAUCUAACGGGUUUAUCUUCUGACGUCAGAGAGAAGAAAAACAUCAUGAUGGAUGAAGAGAAUUAAAAUGAUAGAUAAUCACUGGGAUUCCGUAGCUAGGCUAACUAGCUAACUGGGUUUUCCUUGAUCGCCCGUCGAUGUUUUUUUUCCCAAGGAUUUAAUCUGAAGAGCAUUUCUGUGUAUUUCGAGAUGUUGGACAUUUAGAGAAUUGGUUCGUGCUCUCAUCUCCUGCUGUGGAUCAGUGAUCUGAACUUGUGUUGACAGCGACUCCAUGAAGGUGACGAUUGGAUGAUGAGGGAGAGAGUAUGAUCAUGUUGGAGAAACAGAGCUCCACCCAGGAGAUAGGAGAGGAGGAAGAGGAUGGGGCGGUCUUCACCAUCACCCUGAGGAAGUUGCAGCUGCACCAGUCGGCCAGUAAGGGGCAGCGAUGGCUGGGCGUGGACACAGACUCCGCCCUCAGCCUCUACGAGACCUGCAAGGUGCGCACCAUCAAGGCGGGGACGCUGGAGAGGCUGGUGGAGUACAUGUUGAAGGCGUUCCGCGGGAAGGACUCCAGCUACGUCACCAUCUUCCUGUGCACCUACCGCUCCUUCGCCAGCACGCGGCAGGUCCUCGACCUACUGCUCAACAGGUAUGCUAAACUCCAGAACCUUCCAGCCAUGGCGGCCCACAGAGUGUGUGAGGACGACCGCAUCGAACUGAGGAACACGGUGUCGUCUAUCCUGGGCGCGUGGUUGGACCAGUACUCUGAGGACUUCUGGUCGCCCCCGGACUACGGCUGUCUGCACCAGCUGCUGUCCUACCUCCAUAAACACUUCCCAGGCUCGGACCUGGAGCGCCGCGCCCACAACCUACUGGCCCACUUCCACCGCCGGCAGGUCAUCGAGCCAGACCCCGACGCGGAGCAUAUCGGCUGUCCCUUCGCCACACAGGAAGAGAGCGGCUUCGAGGAUGAACUCCCAAUGCUCAGCUUCCUGUCCUUUGACCCCAUCAUGGUGGCGGAGCAGUUCACCCUCAUGGACGCUGACCUGUUUAAGAGAGUGGUUCCCUACCACUGUCUAGGGGGGAUCUGGUCCCAGAGGGAUAAGAAGGGGAAGGAGCAUGUGGCCCCCACCAUCCGGGCUACUGUCGCCCAGUUCAACUCCGUCACCAACUGCGUCAUCACCACCCUGCUUAGCACGCCGCUGCUGAAGGCCAGCCAGCGGGCGCGCCUGCUGGAGCGCUGGGUGGAGGUGGCCCGGGAGUGUCGUAUACUUAAGAACUUCUCCUCUUUGAGAGCGAUCCUCUCAGCACUGCAGUGUAACGCCAUCCACCGCCUGAAGCGCACCUGGGAGGAAGUUUCCAGGGAAAACUUUCGUACCUUCCGGGAGCUGUCAGAGAUCUUCUCAGACGACAACAACUACUCCCUGAGCAGAGAACUUCUGGUCAAGGAGGGAACGUCCAAGUUUGCAACGCUGGAGCUCAAUCCCAAACGCACCCAGAGGAGACACCAGCAGCAGAGAGAGCUGGGAGUCAUGCAGGGUACUAUCCCCUAUCUUGGAACCUUCCUGACAGACCUGGUGAUGAUGGACACAGCCAUGAAGGACUACACAGAGGGAGGGCUGAUCAACUUUGAGAAAAGGAGAAAGGAGUUCGAGGUUAUAGCUCAGAUCAAACUGCUCCAGCUAGCCUCUAACAACUACAGCUUCACGCCCGACGGCCACUUCAGAGACUGGUUCUCCAGCGUGGAGAGACUCAGCGAGGCCGAGAGCUACCACCUGUCCUGUGAGAUUGAGCCUCUGUCUGAGUCGGCCAGCAACACGCUGAGGGCCAAGAAGAACGGAGGCAUCAUCAAACGCUGGAGCGAUCGUCAGCUGGAGGCGGGGGCCAGUGGGGCUCCGGGCUCCCACCAUUCCAAGUCUUUUGACCAUGCCCCCAGCAGGCCGUACCAAAGCAGUGGAGGCGGAGGGGGGGGGGACAGCGGGGACGCUUUGAGCGUGACGUCAGUCAGCUCCAGUGGUUCCGACCUGGAGGACGUCAAUGCCAGCUUCCUGUCCGACUCACCGGAGGUCCACGAGAGGAAGACAUCGACUCCUUCGGUCAAACAUUCAAUUUCUGUUCUGGGACGAGAGACGCAUGUUACUGAGACUGCCUCUACGUUCUGGGAGUGCACAUCGCUGUCGUCCCUCGACACAUCUGGCUCCGCCUCCGGCUCCAGCAGCACCUCCUCCUCCUCUGCCUCCUGCUCCACCCCUCUGGCCGCCUCCCGCUCCCACAAGCGCUCUGCCUCGGCCGUCUCAAACUACUCCACCCUGUCACUGCCGCUCUACAACCAGCAGGUGGACGACUGCUGCAUCAUCAGGGUCAGCCUGGACGUGGAGAACGGAAACAUGUACAAGAGCAUACUGGUCACCAGCCAGGACAAGACCCCGGCGGUGAUCCGUAAGGCGAUGAUCAAACACAACCUGGAGAGGGAGAAGGCCGAGGACUACGAGCUCAUGCAGAAGAUAUCUGAGGAGAAAGAACUGCGUAUCCCUGACAACGCCAACGUCUUCUAUGCCAUGAACUCCACUGCCAACUACGACUUUGUGCUGAAGAAGCGCGGCCCCACACGCCCACUGCGCGCCAAGAGCGUCACCAGCUCCACACUACCACGCAUGAAGCAGAAAGGCCUGAAGAUCGCCAAGGGCAUCUUCUGAUCUCCUCUCCAUCCUCCUCCUCCUCUCCUCCUCAACCUCCUCCUCUCCUCCUCAACCUCCUCCUCAUCGUCCUAUCCUCUUCCCUAUCCUCCUCUCCUCCUCACCUUGGAGAGAUGAACAUAGCGUUGGCGUUGAAUACUGGGACACAGAGACGCUUGCUCUGAGUAACACCCCCUCACCAGGACUCUAUCAUGGCUGCCAGCUCUCUGUGCUCCGCAGGACAGGAUGUGAUGUCAUCGCUGCAGCCAUGUUGAAAGGGGGCUCUUGCGCUCUGUGGCGUUUUCAGCUGUGAACACGGUUUAACAUACCGGUAGUGCGAAAAUUACUGCUUACGUGUAUACAAACGAGAUGUCAUAACAGGUGGGAGGUGGACUUUUAACCUGCGUGGACCAACCAGGUGUUAAACCAGGGGUGAAUGAUUUUAACCUGUGUGAGGUGGCCAUGGAUCACAUGGCACUGUUUUUUUUACUGAACGAUAUCUCACUCUGUCAUGGGUUGAGGUCCUACUUGGGUGUCUGUUCUGGACCAGACCUGUGUGUACAUAGAACAUCCCUGGCGAUGUUUGAUUGGACCAUGAGCUGCACCUUAAUGGAUCAACAGCGCUUAAACAACUGAAAGAUACUCUCUCUCUCUGCUCCAGCUCUCAGUCUCUCUCUUGCUGGAAUGGCAGGGGGUGGUUUCUCUGUGGUUACUAUGGGUAACCAGCGACACACCGCCAUGUCGGAUUAGUGACCACAUGACCUGGGAUAUAAUGCUCUUUCUGAUUGGCUGUGAUUCUUGCUGAAUGAUGAUGUCAUUAACCUGGUUUGAGUUGAUCAGUGUUUGGUGCCCCAGCAGGGAUGGGUGGGGUGGUGGGUCAGUGGGUCUUUGAUCACUGCUGGCAAUGGAGUGUUGUGAUUGGUGGUCGAGGUGAUGUGAGGGAUGGUAGAAGGGUCAGAGUUUUGGUCCAGUUUACACUACAGUACAUCUAACGAGGUUCUACCAGUCUGUCUUGGGCCAAAGACUCAGGCGGAAGUGUGAUUGAUAUUGUCCUUAAAGCUGCCAAAUUCCAGCUAAAACAUCUCGGCUCCACACAGCUCUUUGCUUAACCAUCACCUGCUCCUUCUUGUCCUGACACGCUAGCGCAACACGCUAACACAACACACUACGCAUACGCACAACACAACACGCUACCACAACACUCUACGUUUACACACAACACAACAUGCUACAUCAACACAACACACUACAACAACACAGUUUGCUUACUCAAAACUCAACACGCUACAAUUACACACUACGUUUACACACUACCACAACACACUACGCGUACGCACUGCACAACACCCUACAACAACAUACUGCGCUUACGCACAACACAACAUGCUACCACAACACACUACACUGAUGCAAAACACAACAUGCUACCACACUACACCGACGCACAACACAACAUGCUACCACAGCACACUACUCCGACGCACAACACAACAUGCUACCACACUACACCGACGCACAACACAACAUGCUACCACAACACACUACUCUGACGCACAACACAACAUGAUACCCCAACAGACUACCGAAACCCACUACCACGGCACACUAACACCACACGAGUCAACCGUGAUGCGCAUCACAACCCGGUACCACAACACUGUAC